GAGGGGUGAUAGAAGCGGUGAGCGGGGACAGGUAUGGUGAUGAUGUGCCUAUAAGAAGAGUACUGGAUACAGAGAGACAAGCCGCUCUCCUCCCCCUCCCCCUCCCACAGAGCUGGUAGAGGUGGAGUCUUUAGCAGCCUAGUGCUGAGUUCAGAUUCCUGCUACUCACUGGCUAAACCUUCACAGCCUGAGGAGGAAGAAGCAGAGAGUUUUCCCAGGCUGAACAACAUUACAUGUCCCAUUGCUCCUGCUGAGAGAUAAGAAAGCCACCUACAGACUUUGUACCCUCUGCCUUCAGGAAUCACCAGGAAGAGAUCACCAUCCCUCGAAGAGAAGGAUAACUCAGAGGAUACACUCCAGGGACCCGUCCUCUGCUGGUUUGGAGCUUGCGGGUCCUCUCCUCCUACCCCUGGAGAUGCUCCAAAGACUAUUCCUCUCUUUGGUAAAUUCUUGGGGCAUUCACUCCCAAAGAAGUGCCGGACACCCCAAUCGCAGGUACAUAGAAGUUGACGGCCGAUAAACGUUUCAAAGGUUGAGUUUUCUUCCAAACAAGAGAGACGAUUCCUUCGUACCCUCCUCCUCUGUAAUCCUCAACAUCCCAUCUGCUUUCUCUUAUCCCAAAACGCCUGGAGAAAUUUCAGCCUCGGGGGAAUCACUCAUGGCUUUCCUGACCAAGAAGAAGAAGUUUAAGUUCCAGACCACCUUUAACCUGGAGGAGCUGAUGGCCGUCCCAUUUGUGAACGGGGUCCUCUUUUGUAAGGUCAGGCUGCUGGAUGGAGGAGACUUUGUCAACCAGUCUAGCAGGGAGGAAGUACAGGAAAACUGUGUACGCUGGCAGAAGAAACUGACCUUUGUCUGUAAAAUGAGUGCCAACCCUGCCACGGGCGUGCUGGACCCCUGCAUGUGUAGAGUCUCCGUCCGGAAGAGUGUCUAUGAAGGCAAAACAUACGCCAAACUGGGCUUUGCUGACCUGAACCUGGCUGAGUUUGCAGGUUCUGGAUCCACAGUACGCUGCUGCCUUCUGGAGGGAUACGACACCCGAAAUACCCGACAGGACAACUCAAUAUUAAAGGUAACCAUUGGAAUGUCCCUCCUGUCUGGAGACCCCUGCUUCAAAACGCCUCCAUCGACAGCCAAAUCCAUCUCCACUCCUGGGCAGGAUUCCUCACUUCAGAUGACCUGUAAGGGUGAGGGGACCGUGCGUUCUACAGGCGGCACAAUGCGUCCGAACAAGAGCCGGCAAGCCUUGCUGAGUUCAGGAGUUUUCGAAGAAGCUGACCAGAAUCUCUCAAGCCCAGAGGAAACGUCCCAUUCAGGCCACUCGCGAAACUCCAGCCAGGCUAGCCAGCAGUCCAAAGUGUCGGGACAAAGCUCUGAACACUCGCGCUGCUCCAGUAUGUCAGACUUGACUCACAGACGCAACACGUCCACCAGCAGCAGUGCCUCCGGGGGAAUCAGCAUUACGGCAGACUUACCUGAAGGAGAAAAGGAAGCCAAACCAGAGAAGCCUCUAAGGCCAAUCAGACCACCCCUCCUUGACAGACAGUCCAGGAGAAAGAAAGACUCUGUGGAGAGUCACCCCACGUGGGUGGAUGAUACCAGAAUUGAUGCCGAUGCCAUUGUAGAGAAGAUCAUGCAAAGUCAGGACUUUACAGAUGUCAGUAACAAUGAAGACAGUAACCUGAGGCUGUUUGUCAGCAGAGAUGGAUCAACCACACUCAGUGGAAUCCAGAUGGCUAACAGAGUCUCUGCUGGUGUGUUCGAACCCGUAGUGAUUGAGAUUCAUUAAAUCCAAGAGAGGCUGCAUGUCCAGUCAGAUCGCCCAGGCUUCUAGCCAAAUUCUGCAUUCCAGGUUAAAAAGCUGAGAUCUUCCCCUUAUGAGGGGUGGGUGAGACACUCGGGGCUGGAAGCCCUCAUCGGACUUUGUCCUGGCCCUCCUCUUCUGUUCCUGUUUCAUUCUGGCACUUGUCCAGUUGUCGUGUGCACAUAUCCAGCGUGUUUGAGCUCCUCAAUGUGUGACGGUGUUUUUGUCUGCUUCUAAUCAGAGAGGAUCGGACAAGGCAUCUGGCCAGAGCAGUCCAGACUCUCCAAUUCCAGCUUCUGCUCGCAGCUCUUUAAUAGUACAGAGCUAUUGUUCCAGCAGGAGAAAAGCAGAGACAAAGCAUUGUCUUACUGAGUGACAACAGCAGCCAUAUUUGUUUUCUUCCCUCUUUGCUUGUCCUUUUCAGCCUUUGCAUGCUCAGUAGGCCAUUUUGGCUCUGUUAAGCUCUCACCCUGAGCAGUUUAAGGUUCUACAUCUAAUGUGAGGUUGCAGUCCAACAAAGUGCAGUAGAUGCCCAAAUGUAGCGUCUCUAUGACAACCAAACUUUUUGUAAAAACUAUGUAAGCUAUCG